GCCCCCGGCCGCCGCCGCCGCCGCCGCUAGCCCGCCCGGCGGCCCGCGUAGCCCGCGCAGCCCUCACUCGCCGCCGCGCCUCGGAGUUUGAGCCCCGCGCAGCCCGAGCGCAGGCACGCCCGGGGCGCGGGGUCGGAGCGCGCAGCGCGGCGCCGCCCCCCGGCCCUCGGCCCCCCAGCCCCUGGCGCCCCCGGAGCUGCGCGCCGAGGGAGGAGGGCGGGCGGGCGCGGCGGGCCGGGCCAGCGGGCGGCGGACUAUGAGGCGCCCACCAUGGUGCGAUGCGACCGCGGGCUGCAGAUGCUGCUGACCACGGCCGGAGCCUUCGCAGCCUUCUCGCUCAUGGCCAUCGCCAUCGGCACCGACUACUGGCUGUACUCCAGCGCGCACAUCUGCAACGGCACCAACCUGACCAUGGACGACGGGCCCCCGCCCCGCCGCGCCCGCGGCGACCUCACCCACUCGGGACUGUGGCGGGUGUGUUGCAUCGAAGGCAUCUACAAAGGACACUGUUUCAGGAUCAACCACUUUCCAGAGGACAAUGAUUACGACCAUGACAGCUCAGAGUACCUCCUUCGCAUCGUGCGAGCCUCCAGUGUCUUCCCCAUCCUCAGCACCAUCCUGCUCCUGCUUGGAGGGCUCUGCAUCGGCGCUGGGAGGAUCUACAGCCGCAAGAACAAUAUCGUCCUCAGUGCAGGCAUCCUCUUUGUGGCCGCAGGCCUCAGUAACAUCAUCGGCAUCAUCGUCUACAUUUCCAGCAACACAGGCGACCCCAGCGACAAGCGUGACGAGGACAAAAAGAACCAUUACAACUACGGCUGGUCUUUUUACUUUGGAGCCCUGUCGUUCAUUGUGGCGGAGACCGUGGGCGUCCUGGCUGUAAACAUUUACAUUGAGAAAAAUAAAGAGUUGAGGUUUAAGACCAAGCGGGAAUUCCUUAAGCCUUCUUCCUCCUCUCCUUACGCCAGGAUGCCGAGCUACAGGUACCGGCGACGGAGGUCCAGGUCCAGUUCAAGAUCCACUGAGGCCUCACCCUCCAGGGAUGCCUCUCCCGUGGGCCUGAAGAUCACUGGGGCCAUCCCUAUGGGUGAGCUGUCCAUGUACACGCUGUCCAGGGAACCCCUAAAGGUAACCACGGCUGCCAGCUACAGCCCAGACCAGGAUGCUGGCUUCCUGCAGAUGCACAACUUCUUCCAACAGGACCUAAAGGAGGGUUUCCACCUCAGCAUGCUGAACCGGCGGACGACUCCCGUGUGACCUGCCCACCCAUCUCAGCACCGGCCUCCCCCAGACUGGCUGUUUCUGUGACACACAACAGGGUGACCCUUAAAAGAAUAGACAGUGAACUGGAGCCAAGGGCAACCCUCCCUGGCCUCCAAAAGAUGCCAUGGGCUAGCUAAGAGUGAAGGAAGCCUGGAGACUGGAAUCAGGGCUAGGGAAGAAACCGAAGGCUAACUUUCUCCCAAGACAGGGUGUAUUGCUGUCCUCCUGAAAUUUCCCAGGAGGCUCAAGACUUUUCCAGAAGCUGCAUCAGCCUGCCUCUUGGAAACCAGGAAACCAGUCAUGCCAGAAGAUGUCAAACCCUUUCCCUUUCCGUGGGCACAGGGCCACAGGAAGGCUUCUUCCGGAACUGGGACCUCUGGGCUCCCAUCAGCUGUUUCCCACCCAGAAGUUCCUGUGACCUGGAGCCCAGAGUGAAUGAGCCGAAGCUCACUCCAUUCCCCUCUGCCUCCCUCUCUUGGCCUCUGUAUGGCAGUCUGGUAGAGCCUAUGUUGUAAACAUCAUCCGUCCUAAAGAGAAAGCUCUAUGGCUAACUGGUGCUUCGGCCUUGAGCUGUCCUGUGGCCGGCGUCUCUCCACCUCAGGAGACCAGGAAUCCAGGGCAAAGGCAGAGACUCUGUAGGCUUUCCUACCUGUUUCCAGAAGUUUCCGCUGAGCUCAGAAUGGGCAGGACGUACUCACUAAACUUGGAGAUCUGGAGGAUUCUGUGGGUCUGAGGAACCACACUGUCCCCUGAACAAUGGGGGACCCUGCUGGGGGCGGAGCCAUACUCCCACUUCCAAACUGGUGUUCCGUGACAGAUGUAUAAACUUCAGUAUGAGAAAGGGGAACCUGAGGGUGAGCAGAGACGAAAAAGAGCAAAGACAGAGCAUCAUUUCCAAGUGGUUCUGAAUGGUGGCACACUGAGAACCAACAGCAGCAGAACAAGCCACACUCAACUCCUCAUCCUAAAAAGUAGCAAUGGCAUCUCCCCUGACUCCUGUCCUAAUUUAUUCUGCCGACACCCAAAGGACUCCGUGGACAUGUGACUCAAGGGGCCGUCCUGGGCUUUCUCACUUUGCCUGAAUCUGAGGAUGAGUUCUGUGUUUUAUAGUUUGUCCAGCCGUUCCCCCUUCCCCUCUCGAGGUGAGCAAACACCAUGUGAGUGUGUCCAGAUUAGGAAGAACUCUCCAGAAAGUGGAGCUUACCCCCUUUUCUAUAACACGCGUGCUUUCUAAGGAUCAAUUGUUUCUUACUUUUUGAGACUUCUUAAUCCAAUCUUGAACAGUCUUCUGUGACCCCAGUAACUGUCUCACCUAGAAGUGACAAGCCAGUUCUUACCUCAGUCACCUGCUCAUGGAGCCCCCUAGGCUGACUCAGAGUUCAGACCCAGGUCCAUGUGUCCUUCUCUGCCUGCCCUUCAUUCCCCACCACACACACACACACACACACACACACACACACACUAAAGAAAGACAUCCCAUGUCAUAGCUCCAGCCAACUGCCCAUGAGUUAGUGAGCUGAGAUGUGAGCAUGUCGGGGCUCCUUUGUUCUUGCUCAGAACCAUCCCCUCCUGGCCAGGUUGGCUCCUCAGCAUGUGUCAAAGCAUGCACAGCAGUGAGCAAGAGUCAGUGUCAAGAUGUGUGGUCUGUCCAUGCUGCAGGCCCUCGCCCUGCCCACCUCCCCCCACCCCUCCUGUAUCACCAUUAACAUCUUCGGAGACUGAAGGAAGCCCCGGCCCCCAGGGAGACCCGAGACCUGUCUCAUGUCUCUUCUGGAAAUAAAGCAGCCUAUGGUAAACUUCCACACAAGCUACCUUCCCAACUGUAGUUUCAGAAGUUUCCUCGGUUCCACAUGAGAAAGCUGUGUUCCGAUGAAUCCUACCUCUUGUCCAGCCCUAGGCAGAGUACACAGGCCCACUCCGGAAACAAGAGGGAGCCGGAAGGAAAAGGAAGAAGAGACUGUAGAACAUGGAGAAAAGCCUCAGCUGCCCCAGCCCUCACAGCCUUUCUCCACCGACUGUUGGCCUCACUCUGGGGACCCUGGUCACUCACUGGCUUGCCCUUCCUGUGGGAAAGGGAGUAGAGCUAGACUGUACUUCUGACAAGCUUGGAUCUGGCUCCUUCUCUGAAAGGACGUGAGGCCUGAGCCCAUUUUCCCACCCUCCUCUGUCCCGUCUCCCCCCCUGUGUGUUUCACCAGUUAAGCCCCUGUGAUCCUGUACCCACCAGUGGUUUGGGGUUCUUAGUUCUCUCUCUCUUUUUUUUAAUUAAAUAAAAACAUUUUUAAAAUG